AAUAUCAAAUACUGUGAGUCGACCAUAACAUCCAGCAGUUGCACACCAGUGAAUUUUCAAUGUGCGCAUGCUAUCCGCCUCUGCAUUUACACGUAAAUUAAACAAACUGCGUAUAGUUCAUAUAGACUAUUUACUUUCGGCGUCAGUGUAACUUGUGCAACGACGCCGCUGUCAGAGUUAUUGGAAGCUCUAAAAGGCGGACCAACAGCAAAAUCGUAGAAAACGUUUGCAUUUCCGUCGAUCGAUUAAAGGCCGAACGAUUAACAUCAAAUUUAGUUGACAAAUUGGAAAUAAAUGAAUGUAUGUGAAGGAAAAACAUCGAAUAAACCAUCGCAAAAUUCGCGAAUAAACACAAUAUAUUGAGGAAAACAAGUGACAAUCAAGGUUGUAUAAACUGGCCAUUGAAUCGUUCACGUCUGGCAGUUAUUAUUCCCAACAUCUUGUGAAACUCCAGCUAACAACAAAUUACAAAAUCUCAAGCAAGGUCACCGGGCCUGGAAGUGGUGGGUGAACUCACCGAUCGCACUCCUGCCUACGAGUGUCGUACUCAUGUUGUAGCAGUGUUGAAAACGCAAGUGAAUGCUGGUGAACAUUUUAAUAUCAAAACACGAAAGCUGUGCUGAGCUCGGAACACACAUUAAUAUUCCAUCCAGACUCAAUUAAAAAUACUUGUUUUUAUAAUAUUCCAUGCAAUUUUUACUAAGGAUCGUUAACAAAAGAGUGAUUAGUGUUGUUUUGGUGUUAUGCGUGUGUCUGAUGUUACAUUCAUAAUAAGUAAUGUGAUAAACAAUUUGAAUAAUUCAAGGUGUGUUUCUAAUCAUAAGUUCUACUUGAUAUGGUUUAAAUUGUUACUUAAAAGUUCAAUUGAGUGAAACAACAAGAGAGUGUUAGCAACAAUUUUCAUAUUGACUUUGAUUGUGGAUAUAAAUAUAAAUAAACAUGAUUGAGCACGACUUUGUGGAAAUUAAUCAGAUCAACGGUUUCCUUGCGUUCAUAUGGAGUAUCGAUUGGAAAGAUCCAUGGAUAAUCGCCUUAUUCACAUUUCACAUCACUGUCACAUUGAUGGCGCUAUUGACCCGAAAUUAUGGAAAUCUUCAAGCGCUUCUAUUCUUCUUCCUUCUUUUAUUGGUUUACUUCUCUGAAAGCAUCAAUGAAAUCGCCUCCACCAAUUGGAGUGUCUUUUCACGGCAGCAGUACUUCGACAGUAGUGGCCUAUUUAUCUCUGUGGUGUUUUCCAUUCCAAUAUUACUUAAUUGCAUGUUGAUGGUGGGCAAUUGGUUGUAUCAAUCUACACAGUUAAUGAAAAACUUGAAAAUUGCCCAAUUGCAAGAUCAACAACGGAAGCGUCAGAAACUCGAAAAACAUAACAGUCACAACGGAAGUCUGAAGGAAGCAGCACAAAAGAGCAAAUGCGAAUAACUGCGCGAAAUUUAUUGCAAGAUGACAUACAAGGAUCAAUGGGCUGUUUUUAGUUGUGCGUUUCUUCUAGAUGUACGAAUAACGAAAGCGAUUGAUAUUUGUGACACAUAUUUAUAUAAUGAUUGCUUUCAUGAAUUGCGUUGAGUUUGUUACUUGCUGCUAUUUAAACCAUUUUAGGACCUUGCUUGUUUUUAAAUUUAGGAUAUGUUAAAAAGACAAAUAUCGUAAUGUUUAGCAGGUGAUGAUACUUAUUUACGGUACGCAUAUGAUGAUGCUUAAAAAGUUUAGUUUAGGAUAAUGCGCGAUAGAUAAGAAAUAGGAGUUACCUAUGGCCGUAAAAACCGCACCGGCACGAACCGGUUUUUUCACCUAAAUGUUACUGAUACCAGAUAAUUUGUCUUUAUACACUUGGACUAAAAUUUGUGUCAUGUUUAAGUUACGCGACAACACUUCUGAAGAUGUUUUUUGAUUGGGACUAGUCAAUUACGAAUAAACCAUGAAAAAUACGCUUAAUAUUGGCCAGCACAAGAUGCAAAUGAAAUUUGAGCAGUUUUAAUCUGUAUUAUCUAUUGCAGUACUACGGCACUAUACUUGUUUGAUGUAAUUAUUACAAACUGCUGGAAAAUUGAUGCCAGAUAUGAAUCAUUGUUUAAAUUUUAUGUAAGUAGGCUUAAGGCGAUAAGAAGUACUAAUUAUCUAAGUAGUAAGAGGUACAUGUGUUUAAAUUUAUGAUGUUAAGAAGUUUGUAUACAAUUCUUUGGAUGUGUAUAAACGAAAUGUUGGAUAAUGAUAUUGAUGAAAUCGGAUCAUGAGACUGAAAAUAUUUGGGUAAAACUAUUAUAUGAUGGAUACAUAAUAACAAAAUAAAGAACCUGUACGAGAUUAA